AAUGGGGGUGGACCUCCUGGGCCCUUCCCAAUGACCAAGGGAAAACGCAAGUACAUAAUUGUGGCGGUGGACUACUUUACCAAGUGGAUUGAGGCGGAAGCAUUGGCCUCGAUAACGGCGCAUCAGGUAACACGCUUCUUAAAAAGCAAUAUCCUGGCCCACUUUGGAGUCCCAAAUGCAUUCAUCUUCGACCACGGGAAACAAUUCGACUGCGCGGAGGUGAUAGACUUUUGCGACCAAGUGGGAGCCAUUGCGAGAUUCGCAUCGGUAGCUUACCCCCAAGCCAAUGGCCAAGCGGAAGUGGCCAACAAAGCAAUCUUGCACGGCCUUCACACUAGACUGGACGAAGCCAAAGGCAAUUGGCCGGACGAGCUCAACACGGUGUUGUGGGCGCACCGCACCACAUUCAAAGUGACAACGGGCGAAACCCCGUUCGCGCUCACCUACGGCACCGAUGCGGUGAUACCCAUUGAGAUAACAUCCCCAACCUAUCGGGUCACGGCAUAUGAUGAGGCCGAUAACGAUGAAGCACGUCUGCUAGACCUGGAGCUAGCACAAGAACGACGAGAAUUGGCAGCCAUCAAGCUAGCCGCGACAAAAGAGCAGGUAGCGAAGUACUACAACGCGAAGCUAGUCCCGCACAAACUGAUCCUCGGAGAUCAAGUGCUGCGCAGGAACUUCCGCCCGGACCCCAAACAUGGCAAACUCGCUUCAACAUGGGAAGGCUCGUACCUAAUCCGAGAGGUUGUCGGCGCCAACACCUUCAACCUUAGCGAAUUGGGAGGCGCCAAAAUUCCACGGACAUGGAAUGCGCAGAAUCUCAGGAAAUAUUACCGGUCAAAUUGAUGUAUUAUUCGCGUGUUGGCGCAAGAAAGUAGCAAUAAUAAUGAAUUAUUCGCGCCAACAGUUCUAAAGAACAAAAAAUAGCAAUAAUCAAGAAUUAUUCGCGCCAACAUAGUUCGAAAGAACAAAAAAUAGCAAUAAUCAUGAAUUAUCUGCGCCUACAAAGUUCGAAAGAACAAAAAAUAGCAAUGAUCAAUAAUUAUUCGCGCCAACAUAGUUCGAAAGAACAAAAAAUAGCAAUGAUCAAGAAUUAUUCGCGCCAACAUAGUUCGAAAGAACAAAAAAUAGCAAUAAUCAUGAAUUAUCUGC